ACUCGCCUCUGCUCCGGGGCUGGCGGCCGCGGGGGCCAGACCUAGAGUAGGAUGCCUCCCUCGGGCCCUUCAAAUACCCGGGGACGCUCAGAAACGGUGCGCAUGACGCAGAUGCCACGACGGCCCCUUGGGCCCUCGGAUCCGAGUGAGUGACAAGUGCUCCAGAGCCCAGUUGCGGGAGAGUGGCGUGCAGGAGAGUAGCCUCACACAGUUCGGCGGGUCCUGGGCGGAGAGGUGCCCCUCCGGGCUCCGAAGCUACUGCCCUGCGCAGAGGCUUGACAAGCGCCUCUGGCCCCUGGAGCUGCCGCAGGGGAAAGAUGAAAAUCUGGAGCUCUGAGCACGUGUUUGGCCAUCCAUGGGACACUGUCAUCAAAGCUGCUAUGAGAAAAUACCCAAAUCCAAUGAACCCUUGUGUAGUAGGAGUGGAUGUGUUAGACAGGAGCCUUGAUAACCGAGGCAGGUUACAUAGCCAUCGUCUUCUCAGUACUGAGUGGGGACUCCCAGCUCUCGUGAAAGCAGUCUUGGGAACCAAUAGGACUUUGACAUAUAUUAAAGAGCAUUCUGUCGUAGAUCCAGUGGGAAAGAAAAUGGAGUUGUGUUCUACCAAUAUCACACUCACAAAUUUGGUGUCGGUGAAUGAGAGGUUGGUGUACACACCUCAUCCUGACAACCCUGAAAUGACGGUGCUGACACAUGAAGCAGUCAUCACCGUGAAGGGAUUUAGCUUAGGCAGCUACUUGGAAAGCCUAAUGGCAAACACCAUAUCAUCCAAUGCACGGAAGGCUUGGGCUGAAGUUUGUGCCAUCUAUGAAGAAAAGUCUUGCUAAGCAAGUAAAUUAUUGUAGGGAAAAUAUUUAAACUGUUUAUGAGAACACACUCAUAUAUUCAAGAACUCUCAACUACCUUAGAAGCAUCCACAUCACAGUUGAAAUGGCAGUUAAACUAUCAUGUCUGUUCAUGAGAAAUGAGUUUUUAUUUGAACCUGUUUUGACAGCAGUGGGUUACUCUAAAUCUAGUUUUGAAUGCAUUUCAAAAUUUACUAAAAUUUACAUCUUUUUUUAAACUUAAGAUUUUUUUUCAAUUUUUCACUAAAACAGAAUGUGACCUUUCCCUAGUUAGCUCUAGUUAGCCCUCUUCUGAGGGUUAGAUA